AUGAAAGAGAUUUCAUCACUGGCAAAAAAACUUACUGAAGAUAUUGCCAAAAAUCUAACAGAAUUGGUCUCAAAGAGAUUAGAAGACUUACAAGAAGAUCUAAAGGAGAAAAUACCAAUACUGAAAUUAAAGAUUACUCGGACUUCGCCGGCGACCCUUUCCUCCUAUGGUAUCUGUAAACGACAACUUUAUAUAACCUGCUGUAAUGUACCAGUUGAUGUUACAAAAUAUUUAGGUAAGAUUCCUGUUCUUGGUGGGUAUUCCGUUGAUUGUUAUGCAGCCCCAAAAUCAUGUUAUCCUGAAUUUGUCAAAAAUUUUGCUGAGGAAGCAGUAGGAAAUGCCAUGAAAGAGAUUUCAUCACUGGCAAAAAAACUUACUGAAGAUAUUGCCAAAAACCUAACAGAAUUGGUCUCAAAGAGAUUUAAAGACUUACAAGAAGAUCUAAAGGAGAAAAUAUCAAUACUGAAAUUAAAGUUUACUCGGACUUCGCAGGCGACCCUUUGCUGCUAUUGUAUCCGUAAACAACAAUUUAAUAUGCCCUGCUGUAAUGUACCAAUUGAUGUUACAAAAUGUUUAGUUAAGAUUCCUGGUCUUGGGUAUUGUGUUGAUUGUUAUGCAGACCUAAAAUCAUGUAAUCCUGAGUUUGUCAAAAAUUUAGCUGAGGAAGAAGUAGGAAAUGCCAUAAAAGAGAUUUCAUCACUGGCAAAAAAACUAACUGAAGAUAUUGCCAAAAACUUAACAGAACUAGUCUCAAAGGGAUUAAAAGACUUGCAAGAAGAUCUGAAGGAGAAACUAUCAAUGGCUGCUGUUAAAAAAAUUACUGAAAUUAACGUGAAUCCUAUUGUAUGCUCUAAUACUACUGCGACCUCUGUAUCCAAUACCGGCAAUAAUAAUUUGUACUUCACGAAACUUAAAAGCACCUCUGCAGUUAUAAUCAAGCCGAAAGAUUCCUCUCAAAAUAAUUCUGUCACCAAAGCAGAUAUUUUAAAUGCGAUUGAUCCGGUAGGCUCCAAUAUUCAGAUUUUCUGUGUAAAAAAUAUUAGAGAUGGGGAAAUAGUUAUUGGGAGUUUUCAUAAUAAAAAAUCUUGCUGGUUCUAA